UUUACAUCAGUCAAUCAAUUUAAUUUCUAUCAAAAAAAAAUUUCUGCCAGGUGGAUAAUUACCUGUAAAGGUUAUGAUAAGUUAUAAUUUAUUUAUCUACAUUACUGAAUAAAAGGGACAAAUAUAAAAUGAAGAUUUAUACUAAUGAAAAUAAUACGUCCACACUAAAGUUGCUAAUUGCUGCAAAGUUAGCUAGUAAAAAAGUUGAACUGCAGAAUGCAUCGUUUGCAGACGAUGUAUUCACAGGACCCCGCGCCCUUCCGCUCCUCGAGGUGGAUGAUCAGCUCACGUUCUUCUCCAGCAACGCGGCCGUACAGUAUCUGUUCCCGAUAUUGGAUUUGAGCACGGAUGGACAGUGCCAACAAAUGCUGGAGUGGGAGGCGACACGCCUCCAGCCCGCCGUGGCGACGGUUCUAACCAGCAAAUCAGUGCCGUCAGAUCUGAAGCAAGCACUCAGUUCGUUACUGCAGACUGUUGACGACCUUCUCAGCAAAUACAAAUAUAUACUAGGUGAUAAACUGUCAGCAGUGGAUAUAUCAGUUUGGAGUACUGUCUACCCCCUCUACUACAACAAGGAGCUCAACCAGCUAUACCUGAGCCAAUUCGUUCACAUCAAGCGCUGGGUGGACGAGUUGGCCGCCGCUAAAGCUGUACAGGAAGCAGUCACACAAUGGAAUGGUUCAGUAAACGGGCCAUUCGGUGCAUCAUCAGCCCUGGGCAUUCCUCAGGUGUCGAGCCUCGUAUCUCCUGUGGGGUCCCCAGACGAAGCGGAGUUGGGUGUGACAGCUGAGGAAAUAGAAGCGGCCAAAGACAGCUGGUUGAAUGGGCUGAGCAAGCUGGACGAACCAUCGAAGGAGGAGAAAGUUGUGUUACCAAUAGAGGGCCGCAGGAACGUCCUGAUCACCUCCGCCCUGCCGUACGUCAACAAUGUACCGCAUCUAGGCAACAUCAUAGGCUGUGUACUGUCCGCUGAUAUAUUCGCCAGGUACUGUCGAAUAUGCGGUUACAAUACGCUGUUUGUGUGUGGCACGGACGAGUAUGGUACAGCCACCGAGACCAAGGCGUUAGAGGAGGGCGUGACUCCGAGACAGAUCUGCGACAAGUACUUCGAGAUACACAACGCUGUGUACCGCUGGUUCGACAUAGGCUUCGACUACUUCGGACGGACCAGCACCGACCAGCAGACUGAGAUUUCACAAAAAAUGUUCCUGAAACUGAUGGAGAACGGAUUCAUCAGCAAACAGUCUGUCGACCAGCUAUUAUGUGAGAAGUGUGACAGAUUCCUUGCUGACAGAUUUGUAGAAGGCACGUGUCCACACCCCGGAUGUGGGUACGACAACGCGCGCGGCGACCAGUGUGACAAGUGUGGUAAGCUGAUCAACGCGAUAGAACUGAUCGAGCCUCGAUGUAAGGUCUGCGGACACAAGCCCACGGUGAAGCCCAGCGAGCAGCUGUUCAUCGAAUUGGGGCAGUUGGAGCCCUCUCUCCGGACGUGGAUCAGCUCGACAGAACACCAGUGGUCACCACCGGCCAGGGCUGUCACACGCGCCUGGCUGCGGGAAUCUCUCCGAGCCAGGGCUGUCACUAGAGAUCUCAAAUGGGGUGUACCAGUGCCCAUAGAUGGUUUUAGAAAUAAGGUAUUUUACGUGUGGUUCGAUGCACCAAUUGGCUACCUGAGUAUAACUCAAGUCGCAACUAAGCAGUAUGAGAAAUGGUGGAAACCGGAUAAGCAGUACGACGUGAAACUAUAUCAAUUUAUGGCGAAGGACAACGUUCCGUUUCACGCGAUCAUGUUCCCGGCCACGUGUUUGGGCAUCAACGAGGGUCACGUGCUCGUCAGCCAUCUUUACGCGACAGAAUACCUGAACUACGAGGAAGGCAAGUUUUCGAAGUCCAGAGGUGUUGGUGUGUUCGGUACAGAUGCACAGGAAACUGGUAUACCAUCAGACGUGUGGCGGUUCUACCUGGCCAGCAUCAGGCCGGAGACAUCGGAUUCCAGUUUCAGUUGGACCGAAUUGGGAACCAGAAAUAACUCGGAAUUGCUGAACAACCUGGGCAACUUCUGCCACCGUUCGCUCAGUUUCUGCGCGAACGCGUUCAAAGGCGUUGUUCCCGAGAUCAAGCCCACACAGACGGACUACGAGCUGAUGGCGUUGGUGAAUAGAGAGGUCGCUGCCUACGUCCAACAUAUGGAAAAGGGUCGGCUGCGAGAGGCGCUGAGGCACGUGCUGUCCGUGUCGAGGCUCGGCAACCAGCACAUGCAGUCCGAGCAGCCCUGGGUGCUGCUCAAGGGAUCCGAUGAUGACAAGGAACGAGGCUCGACGGCGAUAGGCGUGUGCUGCCAGUUAGUGGCGCUGCUGGCCGCGCUACUGGCGCCCUACGUGCCGCAUACGGCUCGCCGCCUGCGCGAACAGCUCAACGUCGACCGAGCCGUGCUGAGGCUGCAGCCGCGGAACCCCUCACUGAUCCAGUAUCUCCCUGUCGGUCACAAGAUCGGCAAACCCGAGCCGCUGUUCGCCAAAAUCGAACCGGACCUGCUCGACCGACUGCGGGCCAAGUACGCAGGCACGCAGAGCGAGAGGGCCAAUAAGGAAAAUGGCGAAUCCGCGAACCAGACAGUAGCUCAGCUGGAGUCAGCAAUUGCGGAACAGGGCGAAAAAGUGAGACAGCUCAAAGCGUCGACAAAAGACAAAACGGUAUGGCAGCCGGAAGUCAAUAAAUUGCUAGAGCUGAAGAAGCAGUUAGCGGCUGCGCAAGCGCAGUCGAACGGGCCGAGCAGUGUUGCCAGCUUAGAGAAAGCGAUCGCCGAUCAGGGUGAUAAAGUAAGACAAUUGAAGGCCACAACAAAGGACAAGUCAGUAUGGCAACCAGAAGUGGACAAACUGUUGGCAUUGAAAAAACAGUUGGCAGAUGCGCAAGCGCAGACAAGUGCGCCUGCGCCCACUGAGAGUGUUGCCAGUUUAGAAAAAGCUAUUGCUGAACAGGGUGACAAGGUUAGAAAAUUAAAGGCGUCGACCAAAGACAAAGCGGUGUGGCAACCCGAAGUGAACGUACUUCUUGAUCUGAAAAAACGACUGGCCGCGUUACAAAUAAGCAAAUAAAUCUGUAUUAAUCGAAUAGUAUUUACAGUGGAAUCUCGAUUAACCGAAUUGAAUAAAACCAUUGGUAUUUCGUAUAAUCGAAUAUCCGGAUAAUCGAUUUCAAAGUGAAAUCAAACAAUAAUUAAUUUUUUUUUAAAGCAAAGUGUUUUACAUACGUCAUUUAGACAGUACGAUAUAAAAAAAAAAUAAUUACGAGCUAUAAACAUAAUGAAUUACAUAAUACCUAUUUACCCAAUAAUGCCAUUUCUAAAUCGGUAAUUAGAGACGUGAAUAAUAAGUCCGGAUAAUCGAAUAUUCGAAUAAUCGAGAUUCUAUUGUAUUUUAGCUAUUGUAUUAUAAGAGACGUGUAUGUGGAAUGUGUGAAGUUACCUGUGGGUAAUAAAUGGGCCACUUUGAUCCAGUGUUGCUUGUAAUAAAAAUUGUUUUAUUAGUCAGUUAUAAUUAUUUAGCUGAUUAGAAUUAUUUCGUGAUCUUAAGUCCAGUAAUAAUUUGUAAUUGAUAAUACAAUGGAAUUAUUUAUUGAUUCGACUCGAUCAAUAUGUUGAUGUGCAAUUUAGUCGAUUAUAAUCGAAUCAAUAAUGUCGAUUGAUCGAUAAUAAGUACAGGAGUGUCUAUAUCGAUUAUAUAUAAAUUGUUAUAAGAUUUUUUUUACACCAUUAGUUACGUUACUAAAAUUUUAGUAAAGAUCUCUAAUCUUUUCUAGCAAUAAAUAUAGGCUACUCAGGAUGAAUGUAGAAUUCUAAUGGUGAAAGAAUUUUUGAAAUCGACCAAGUAGUUUUUGAGUUUAUUCAUUACAAACAUACGUACACACAAAAUUUCCUCUUUAUAAUAUUAGUGUAGAAAAUAUAUGUAACUAAAUAUAAUCGUUUAAAUUGCGUAUCUUCACUUAGAUUGAUCCGUCGAUAUUUAGAUUCUAGAGAUCUACGUGACCAGUAUCGAUUUAUUGAUAAUCGAUCAUAUUAAUUGGCAUUAUUAUCGAUUUAUAAAAUUAAACAUUUUAUAUAACUGGUAGUACUAAUGCGUUAAAAUGACGCCCUCAGAAUUAGAUGCUUCUCAAAAUGGACUGGGUUAUAUGGGUCAUAAUUUAAUUGGUGGGAAUUAGGUAUUUUAACCCCAUUCUGGAGACUGAUAUAGACGAAAGGGAGUUUUAGUGGAGCGUCAAUAGAUGGCGUUAUUAAUGAUAAUCUACGCUAACGUAGACAAAUAUUACCUCUAUAUUUGUUUGUCUUUCCAAUAGACAACGCCUGGCGUACAAUUUAUUUUGGAUUUAAUGAAAUACCUAUGGCUGAACACGUGUUGAAUAAUUGAAUACGGCACACAAGGACUUUUGUAAGCGGACAAAUUGUUCCUCGUCCGCGCAGACUUUUAUUGAAAAAUUGAUCUGUAAAAUAUUUGUUUUUCUAAUUUUUGUUUAAAACUAUUUCAACAAGAAGUUUAAUUCGUCUUUUGUGUAUCAAAAUACAUAUGCACCUUCUUUUUUUUUAAUUUAAUUUAUUGAAAUCUUAAAUUCUAAUGUUUCAUCAACAUACUUCAAGUCUUUUUGUUUAUGGUAAAAUGAUCAGGUAAUAAAAAAAAAAAAUAAGCACAUCCGAUAGUGAAAUCGUCUAUAAAUUUCUGGACUGUGUACCAAUUUUGUCAAAAAAGCGGCAUGUUACUUUUGCCGUCUGGAGUAGCAGUAUUGUGGUGUGACCGUGCGGUUUGCCUGACCGUUUUCCCCGGAUAAAAUUUUGUGAAUAGUGCUACAUAGCUACUAUUUGGCCUUUUUGUUAUUAAGUUUAGAUAGGUAUUUAUUUAUUUCCCCAAAGCUUGUGAUAUCAACAUUUGAUAUUGCAUUAAAACACGCAAUAAAAAUACAUAUACUGAA